AUGGUCAGCUGUGGCCACCACCGCCCACAAACAUCGUCGACCACCAACAACGACCACAUCAACAACGCGGCAACGCCACGUCAGCAAGCAAACAAGCCCCGGCAAGGUCGAGGGGACGAAAACGGACCACGAGGGACGACCACGACGACCAUGACCACGCCCACGAACCACGACACGCCCCACGACAUCAACGGACGCCCACGUCAAACGCCAACAGACGCCCACCGGACGACGACCACGCCAGCGGAUGACCACGUCAACGCACCACCACCUCAACGGACGACGACCACGCCAGCGGACGACCACAUCAACGCACCACCACCACGUCAAUGGACGAUGACCACGCCAACGGACACCCACGUCAACGCACGACGACGUGCCCCCGCCGAUGGGAAACCAAGGUGCCACGUCGCUGUCAGCGAUGUGGCAACCAAACUACGAACGACGAUGACGACAUUGUCGUUCGUCGUUCACACAAAGCCACCACGACAUCACACGACGACGACGAGUGCAUUGUCCCUCCCCCUUCCCUGUCCCUCCCUUCCUUUUCCUGCCCCUCUUCCCUGUCCCUCCCCAUUUCCAUGUACUCCCAUCCCCCUUCCCUGUCCCUCCCCAUUUCCAUGUACCCCCUUUUCCCUCCCCCCUUUCCUGUCUGUCCCUCCCCAUUUCCUUGUCCCUACCUCCUUCCCCCAUUUCAUUGUCUCUGCCCCCUUCCUUUUCCCUGCCCCCUUCCCUGUCCCUCCCCAUUUCCUUGUCCCUGCCCCUUAUCCAUCCCCUUCUUUAAUAUGCACUAAGUGA